UGGGCCGGCUCUUCCAUAAAACCCGGCACACAGGUUGUACAGCUCAGGGUAAAACGCUGCUUUGCCCUGAGCUCCUGCAAUCCUGUGCUCCACUGUCUGCACUCAGGUGGAAACUCACGUUCCCAACUCAUCAGCUAUGGGAUGGAUCCAGGUAAACCCUCGGACAUGCCCUGGAUGUGCAGACCUCCCAUACAGAGCCACAGGACCUGCAGCUCGAAGAGCUGAGCAUGGGCUGGCAGAGCCUGUCUGUGUGAGAAUGAGUGGGGAAAUGAACUUUCCUCGAGUGUUUCCUGUCCUCAGCUGAGCGAGACCUGCUAAAGCUCAGUGCUAGACCUGGUACAGCCAGGUUAGACCAGGAAAACUGGGGCAGAUCAGCUGGAGGGUGAAGGAACCCCGUGGGUAAAUGCUGCAAGAAGGGUCAGUCCUCGUUCUGGAGCCCCUCUGCCCAUGUCCGUUCCCAUCUCUUUCCCUGUGCUCUUCCCUUGUCCCCAGGCCAUGGAUUCUCCCUACGCCAACGGAGCCUACAGCCCCCCGUACCCGCACUACGCCAGCCUGGCGCAGGCACGGAGCUUCUACUGCUCGGGGCCGGCGCGCAGCCCCUACCCCACGGAGCCCACGGGCCUCUACCGGCCCCCAUCGCCCGCCCCCGGCUGGAGCUUCAUCCCCCCGGAGUGUCCCAGCGAGGGCUCCGCGCUCCGCAGGCAGCACCAGGUCCCCGGCUACUCCCCGCCGCAGACCCCAGGAAUGCCGAUGCCGCAGUAUCCGUACGGAGAUGGCAGUGCUGGGGUCACGGGGCCCCAGCCCCGAGCCCUGGAGGACUCGUGGGUCCCCCCCUCUGUCUAUGGGGUGCAGCCACGUUACGCCUGGCCCCUGGCCUCGGGACACAGCAGCCUCUAUGACACACAUCCAUCCUGGACUGGCAGCGGGGCUCCUGCCCAGCCUCCCUCCUGGGAGUCACAGGGACAGAACUCUGUCUACGACAGACCUGAGCAGAGCCCCAGCCCCCACAGUUACUAUUCUGACGUGGAGCAGCGGCACUCGGGGCCAGUGACUGAGCACAGGAUGGCCAAGCCCGCCCCGUGCCAGCCCCGGGUGCAGUACAGUGCCCAGCCCCAGCUCUACGACCUCGGCCCACGGAAGCCCCCGGCCGGGAGCCGCGAGCUGGGCUUCAAAGCCGCUGACCAGCCCUGCACCAAUCCUGCAGCCCUGCAGCCGGAGAUUCAGAGGAUCCUCCACGUCAUGGGGGAGGCUGAACAGCUGGAGGAGGAGGUGGAUGUAUUUGUAGGGAAAAAGACGGAUAAAUCCUACCGGCUCCUGGAGGAGAUGCUGACCAAGCUGCUGCUGGAGCUGGAUUCCAUUGAGACUGGGGGCCAGGACAGUGUCCGGCAGGCCAGGAAAGAGUCCGUCCACAGAAUUCAGGCCAUACUGGAAAAACUGGAAAGAAAGGGGUUGUGAAAGCACAUGAGCCACAACACACAGCCUGUUGUUGAAGUUCCAAAGAAUUUCAGUUCUGUUAAAUCACAGUUCUUUCUGUUACGCACUAUUGACGUUGGAAUAGCAAUAAGCCCUGAGUCAACAAAUCAAAUCAAACCCACCAAAAGCCAGCCCAGAAGCCCAGCCCUGACAAACAACCCAGCAAAGGACAAAUGGAGAGAGGUUUGGAGCAGCAAGAAUAUUUAAUGAAGAUGUUGAAGAGGACUGGGCCAAGGAUGGAGCCCUGUGGGGCUGUGUACAGAGUUCCCCAGACCUGGCCCAGUCUCUGGGUGCCUCCUCCAGCCACAGCCAGUCUUUAAACAAUGUGCAGCCACCAAGCAAGACUCUGGGCUUGUCCUCACUGCCUGUAAUUUCAGCUUCAGCUCCCUUGCCAUAAGCCCCGUGUGUCCAUAGGGGUUGUUGGGUUUGGUGCACUGAAGGAGCAGCUCUGGAGUGCUGGAGGGAGGGACGGUGCUGGCACAUGUCAGUCGUGCUGUUCCUCUUCUGUGGUGCAGAGCCAGCGUGGGGUGUCCCCGUGGGCACGGGAACAGACUGGAAAUCCCAGUUCUGCCACUGGAAGGGAGAAGUGCAAGUCAAGGAAAGAACGGAUGCAGGAUGCUUGAAAGUGAUUUUCAGGUUACUUGAGUCAAAAUCCCCUGUUCAAAGUCCCUCUCCACCCUGUGAGUUUUGUGUCCCACUGUGCAGCACCAGGGAGGGAACAGCUCGGCCUGUUCCAGCCUCCUGGUCACUACCUGCACAGCAACUCCCUGUUAUGUGUGACCCUUAAUAAACCCUGACAAGUUUUAAAUGUUGUUUUGUAAUUGA